AUGAAGUUUGAGCGACUCUUUCGGAGUUUCCUUAGGACUCUACGUCCGCCUACUCUUAAAGUUCCCGACGCUGUUAGUUCUGGCGCUAUUAAAACUCAUACCGGACAGACCUUUGACAAGUCUGAUUAUCGUGCAGCAAGAUUCAUGCAAUCUACAAAGCUCGUUAACAAGAAUUUCGCCAUGGAGCUGAUCGAAAAGGUGCCCCCAAAGAAGGUUGCCGACCGCAUUGUCGCUUGCGACGGUGGAAAUGGUGCCCUGGGCCACCCCAAAGUCUACAUCAAUCUGGACAAACCCGGCCCCCACACGUGCGGUUACUGCGGCCUUCGAUAUGAACAAGUACACAGUCACUAG